GAUCAAAAUUGGGAUAAGGAUUAAUGAACCAAUCAAUUGAUCCAAACUCCAAUGAUGGACAACAUAAACGACUUCGAGUUACACGACUUCAUUGCAGACUCGAACUUCGAUCAGUUGAUCGAUCUAAUUCGUGGCGAAAACGAAGACCCUCUUGUGAAUUUCGGCUGUGACGACCUCAUCAACGGCUCUAAUAAUUUCGUCCACGCUACUAUUAAUCAUCAUGAUCACCCCUUCCUCGGUGUCGAUCGUCCGUUAAAUGUGGCCACCGAUAAUAACAAUCACGUCUUUGGUUUCAACGCUACUCCAAUGGUGUCGUCGGACCCCAAUUCAUUGUCGUUUAUUGAUACUGUAAUGCCAGAGUAUUUUGAUGGGGAGAUCUUGAACAUGGAUAUGGUUGAUAAAGGUGAUGGUGAUGAUGAUGAUGAAGAAGAUGAUGGUGAUGAUUCCUCUGGAACGACAACCACAACAACGACAACGCCAAAUGCGUCGUCGAAAAGGCCAAAAGUUGACCGGUCGAGAACUUUGAUCUCCGAGCGGAGGAGACGAGGUAGGAUGAAGGAAAAGCUCUACGCUCUGCGCUCCUUGGUUCCUAACAUUACAAAGAUGGAUAAGGCUUCCAUAGUUGGAGAUGCGGUACUCUACGUACAGGAUCUGCAAACGCAAUCCAAGAAGCUAAAAGCUGAGAUUGCUAGUCUUGAAGCUUCCUUAGAGGAAGUGGAAAGAUAUCAAGGGUCAACAACAGAAAACUCAAAGAAGAUCAAAGAUGUCAAAACAAACGGUUCCCUUGCCAAAAUGAAGAUCAUAACUCAGAUGGACAUGUUUCAAGUUGAAGAGAGAGGAUUCUAUGUGAAAGUAGUGUGCAAUAAGGGAGAGAGGGCAGGCAUAUCACUUUACAAAGCUCUUGAAUCGCUUACCAACUUCAAUAUUCAGAGCUCCAACUUGGCCACUGUUUCUGAUACUUUUGUACUCACUUUUACUUUGAAAGUUCUUAAAGAAUGUGAUCAACGGGAACCUAUCAAUUUGCCAAAUUUGAAGCUUUGGGUUACAGGAGCUUUCAUUAACCAAGGAUUUGAACUCAAGACAGCCUUCUAGUUAGCUAGAUCUGCUUUUUAUAAUAUUUUUACAUUAAACCCUCAAUAUAUAGGUCUUUUUUUCAUUUUACGUGUGAUAUGUUGUAGCACUAUAUAUUGUCUUUAUAAAUGGAAAAUUAUUCAAGACUA